AUGGCCGUCGCCUCGACGCCGCUCGUCGCGGCACCAUCGUGCCCGGCCUGGGCGAAGCAUCGUCGCGGGCGCCAGCCGCAGUUCGACGGCAAGCCGUGCGAGCCUGCUAAGGAGGAGGACAUGUGGCUGUGCCUGGCCGACGGCCGCGCGCGCAGCACCGCCGACCUGAAGCGCCUGGCGACAGCCGCUCGGGUGCGAGCGAAACGAGCAAGAGAUGCAGCCGCCGCGAACACGCGCGAUCGGCAGGCGCGCGACCAGCGCCGCCGGCAGCGUGAGCAGCACGACCGGCGCGCAGCGCCGGCGGUCGCCAAGACCGUGCGCCCACAACGCGGCCAGUGCGGCUGCCCGGCGCACGCGGUGUGCGGCAUGUGCGUCGACCAGGGCAAGCUCGCCGCGGCCGAGCAGGCGGCCAUCGACCUGGAGACGCGCUUCCACACCUCGACGAACGUCGUCAUGGACCUGGAGCGGCCCGAGGACGAGACGGCGGCGCUGCUGCAGCGCUGCGUGCACGUCUCCGACGAGACGAAGCGGCGGCUGCUGGGCGAGUGGAGCGACGAGCGCAUGGCGCACGCGCUGCCGCUGCACGCAUGCGCCUCGUGCGGCGUGCGGGACCCGUCGCUGACGUACACGCGGGUUGACGUGUCGGCGCUGCCGCGCACUGUGUCUGUGCGCGUAGCCGGCGGUUUGGGGAGACCCGGCACGUGUUUGAGCUCUCGCCC